UGAUUUUAUGUGGCCCUCUCCCUCCCACCACCGUUUUACAGGGCUAUUGAUUGACUUAAAAUAGGUUUUGAGCACAAAUUGACCACAAACUACAUCUCCCAUAAUGCCUUCCGAUUGUUACCAGCCAACAUUAGGGCUUCUCGCCACUAGAGUGCAGCAGAGUCACCUCAAGCUGAUUAUUAAUUUUCCCAGCGAAUAAAACUGAAACAUCGACAAGCUAACAUCAAAAUGUCUAAGAAUAGAAAAAUCGAUUUACAAGGAAGACUGUUUCAUGAACGAUGGGAAAACGAAUACCUCUUUGUACUACAAGGUGAAAAACCAGUAUGUCUUUUGUGUUCUGGGGCAGUGUCCGUUGUGAAAGAAUACAAUAUACGUCGGCAUUUUGAAACAAAACACGGAGCUAAGUACGCGAAAUUUAGCCUUCAAGAAAAACAAAAAAUUGUAGCAGAUUUAAAAGGCAGAUUGCAAAUGCAGCAGAAAUUGUUUACAAAAGCCACAGCCAAAACUGAUGCAGCGGUGAAAGCAAGCUUUAUUGUAGCUGAAGAAAUCGCCCGAGCUUCAAAAUCUUUUUCGGAGGGUGCAUUUUUGAAGCAGUGUAUGCUAAAGGUGUGUGAGCAGGUGUGUCCCGAUAAAGUACAGACUUUCCAAAAUGUCAGUUUGUCAAGAAAUACCAUCGCGGAACGAGUUAAAGAAAUUGCCGGAAAUUUAUCGACACAGCUGGCCGAAGAAAUGGGCAGCUGUCUAGCUUUUUCAUUAGCUGUGGAUGAAAGCACAGACAACGUGGAUACGGCGCAUUUGUCCAUUUUUAUUAGAGGGGUGAAGCCAGACCUGUCUGUAACAGAGGAGCUCCUGGAUAUAGUGGCGCUGCAUGGAACCACAACCGGCCGGGACAUUUUUGAUGCAGUGGAGAAGUCUGUCGGUAAAAAUAAAUUGCCGUGGGAAAGGUUGGUGGGACUAACUACAGACGGUGCACCUGCGAUGUGUGGAGGAAAAACAGGCUUGGUUGGACUAAUGAAGGAAAAAAUGCAAAAAAGCAACAAUCAGACGCCGCUGAUCACGUAUCAUUGCCUUAUCCAUCAGGAAGCGCUGUGUGGAAAGGUUCUGGAGCUGGAUAAUGUGAUGACCACUGUCAUGAAAACAGUCAACUUUAUUCGGGCGCGCGGCCUGAAUCACCGCCAGUUUCAGAUGUUCUUGCAGGAGGUGGGUUCAGAGCAUGAAGAUAUGCCGUACCAUACAGAAGUAAGGUGGCUGAGUAGGAGCAAAGUCCUUAAACGAUUUUUUGAACUUCGAGAAGAAAUCGAUCUUUUCAUGAAAAACAAAGGAAAACCCUUGUCUGAACUGUCCGAUCCGAAAUGGCUGUGUGAAUUUGCUAUGUUAUGUGACGUCACCGAGCAUCUUGCUCAGCUAAAUCAGAAACUACAAGGACGUAAACAAGUCAUCACACAGAUGUCCGACAUGAUCACAGCUUUCCAGCGCAAACUCGAUCUAUGGAAGUACCAGGUGGAACAAAACAAUCUCGUCCACUUUCCUGCAUGUCAGAUCAUCUCAGCCUCAUCUCCCGGUGCUUUUUCAUGUGCUCGGUUAACUACCAAACUAACUCUGUUAACAAAUGAGUUUGAUCGGCGCUUUUAUGACUUUAAAUCGCAACACUCUAGUUUUGACAUCUUUGCCAAUCCUUUCACCGCCGAUGUCUGCAGUGCGCCCCACCGCCUCCAGAUGGAGUUAAUUGAGCUUCAAAGCGACAGUGGCCUGAGAGCGAAGUUCCGUGAUGUUUCAAUUGAGGACUUUUACCGUCUACUUCCCCCUGAUUUGAUGCCACAGCUUCGACUCCAUGCAGCUCGUGUUUUGUCCAUGUUUGGAAGCACCUAUCUGUGCGAACAGAUGUUUUCAAUAAUGAAUUUAAACAAGACCAAGCACAGAUCGCGCAUUACUGACGAAAACCUACACGCUGCUUUUAUGCGGAGUGCCACAGCACAAGAACUAAAACCAGACAUCGACGAACUGACAAGGAGAAAACGGUGCCAGACAUCCGGCCAGAAAACAUUGAACACAACUGGUGAAUGAGGAUAUGUGUGAGUUGGUGACAGAGUGAAAAGGGAUCAGCUUUGUGUUCAAGGACAGGCAACAUCGCCUAAUUGUUUUGUUCUUAUGUGAAAUACAUGUUCGUUGUGUAAUAAAUAACAAACGUUUUGUGAAUGAAGUUGAGAGUUAACAGCAAAACUUGUUUUUAUUCUUUGUCUGCUUAUCUUUAAACACUGAUUUAAGUAUUGUAAUUUUUCAACUGAGCAGUAAUUUUACAUCCAUGCAAACUCAAAUGUAAUAUUUAAAACUUGAAUACAUAAAAUCAGUUACUUAACAAUAUGAGGUGUUGUUUAAUUUAUUUUUAACAUUGUAUUUCCAUACAUUUAUGCUAGGGUUGACCAAGUCUAGUUUUCCAGACCUAUCACUCUGCAACUUUAGAUGCGUUCCUUCUCCAACUAACACACCUAGAUCUUUGACUCAUU